AUACGUCCUUUUGAAUAAGUACCCGAGAUUUUAUUGCUAACAUUUUUAUUCAGUUAAGGCAGUAAAAACCAGUUUUCGUCAAGUUUUGAGAGUUUUUACUAGUAAUCAGUGAAAGAACUACCAGAGGAAAAUAUUUAUUGAACUAUGGCAUUAUACCCUGAAUCAAACACAGCUAAUCUUUGUCGUGUCUGCACCCAAGACGUCACCUACAUUCCAUCGGAAAACAUCUUCGAAUCCGGCAGUCCGAAUAUUUACAGUAAACUGAAGGCAAUCUGUUCCGAAGUAUUUUCUGCUGAUCCGGAACAAAAACCGCUUAUUAAUGAAGCUCUGGCUUUACCUUCCGAAGUGUGUUCCGAUUGCAAAUCAAAGAUUGAUGAUGCCUACGAAUUGCAUCGAAUGUGCAUCGAGAGUAACAGGAAGCUCUGGGAAAUGUUGAUCCCUGUGAAAUCUGUGGUCAAACAGGAGAUUGAGGACGUGACCGAAGUUGAUGAAUUGCAGUUGACGACAAUAUUUGUGAGCGAUCUUAGUGAGCUAAAUGUAAAACGAGGUCGUACAAAAGGCAAAGCCAAAAAGGAAGUUCGUAAUCCCAGGACCCAACGAUGUGAAAAAUGUAAUGCAACGAUAAAACGUGCGCUCAAUAUGUACAAACACAUGAAAUUGAAGCACCCCGAUGAGGCCCUUGAAUGUAGUAAAUGCGUUGCCGUUUUCUUCGACAACGCCAAACUAGAGAAACAUCUGCUGACGCACACGACUGAUAGGCCACACUCGUGCCCAAACUGCAAAAAGAUGUUUAAAUCACAGCGCGCUAUCAGGAUACAUUCAGUCUUUUGCUCGGGGCAGACUCCCUUCCUUUGUACGGAAUGUGGCAAAGGUUUUCCCCAUCGCACCAAUUUGGUACAGCACCAGGUGCGGCACAAAGAAAAGGCUUUUGCCUGCGAUCAGUGCCCGUCGAAGUUUUACACGAAGGGGUCCUUGAAGGGUCACAUGGUAACACACACUAAGGAGAGGAACUUCAACUGCGAAACAUGUGGAUCUCGAUUCACGAUGAAGCAUGCGCUGGUGAAGCACAUGAAGACCCAUUUAGGUCAAAGGGAGAGGCCAUUUCCCUGUGAUGUAUGUAACUUAAGAUUUACGAACAGGGAUCAUUUGCGUCGACACAUGCGAACACAUACGGGAGAGAAACCCUAUAAAUGUACCCAUUGUGAUAGGGCAUUUACUCAAACCAACGAUCUGGUCAAGCACAGCAAAACACAUUUUGGCGAUAAACCGUACAAGUGUGACCGUUGUGCGGCAGACUUUCGUUUGUUGACUGAAUUGCGGAAUCACUACAAGGUUCACUACCAAUCGGGCGAAGCAGCUGAUCAGCUUAAUCCCAUCAAGUUUACUAUUGUGAGCACUCUCAACAGGCGUGCGAAGCAAGAAAUACACGGAAAUGCACGCUCGACCGACGGACAGUCAUCCGGGGAACAAUGUCCGGCUGAAAAGGUGCAAACGAUUUUGGCGGAUCUAUCAAAGUUUCCCAUGGAAAUGGAGAAUAAAGGAAAGUCAUUGAACGAGUCUUCGUGUGAAAUUUAGAGUACUUGCGAUUUAUAAAAUUAUUAAAGAUAAAAAGCUGUCUGAGGAAAAGUGAACAAAUUUUCUAUAUUCCUUUCGUGAAUAUUUAUAUAAGCACUAGUAU